AGUGGAGGCUCAACACAGAGUAUGGAUGAGUCCAUUUUACUGGAUUUGCUUGAGUGCCCCGUAUGUCUGGAGCGCCUGGACGCCUCCGCCAAGGUCCUUCCCUGCCAGCACACUUUCUGCCGUCGAUGUCUCCAGGGCAUCCUGGGCUCGCGCGGCGAGCUGCGCUGCCCGGAGUGCCGGACGUUGGUGGAGUGCGCUGUGGACGAACUCCCCAGCAACAUCCUCCUGGUGCGUCUUUUGGAUGGCAUCAAGCAGAGACCUCGGAUGGCCGCCUCCGGCGGUGGCGUCUGCACAAAUGGCACGUCGGGAGCCGUGGCCCGAGCACACGGAAGCGGGACCAGGGACCAGGUGACUCCAGGAGUGCAGCCUCAGCGCGCUCAGGCAAAGAGCACCGCUGUCCGAGGGGUGCCUCAGCUUCCUUGUGCCAAAGCACUGUAUAACUAUGACGGCAAGGAACCAGGAGACCUCAAAUUCAGCAAGGGCGACAUCAUCAUCCUGCGCCGGCAAGUGGAUGAGAACUGGUACCACGGGGAGAUGGGUGGAGUCCAUGGCUUUUUCCCCACUAACUUCGUCCAGGUCAUCAAGCCUCUGCCGCAGCCGCCGCCUCAGUGCAAAGCUCUCUACGACUUUGAGCUGAAAGACAAGGAAGCCGACAAGGACUGCCUGCCCUUCUCGAAGGAUGAUAUUCUGACUGUGAUCCGCAGAGUUGAUGAAAACUGGGCCGAGGGAAUGCUGGGAGAUAAAAUUGGAAUUUUCCCCAUCUCAUACGUGGAGUUCAACUCUGCAGCACGCCAGCUUAUAGAGUUGGACAAGCCAUCCGAUUCCAGUGGAGACUCCAUUGAAGGGGCCUCCCAGGGGCCCCAGAGCAAUGGCGCCCAGCGGCCAGGAGAGAAGAAGAACACUAAGAAACGGCAUUCCUUCACUUCUCUCACCAUGUCCCACAAACCCAUGCUAGCUCCUCCCCCCCAGCGCCACUCCAUGGAGAUUAGCGGGCCGGUCCUCAUCAGCUCCAGUAACCCCACCGCAGCGGCUCGGAUUGGAGAGAUCAGUGGCGGGCUUUCCUGCAGCGCACCUUCACAGGUACAUAUUUGCACGACGGGACUAAUUGUGACCCCACCCCCUAGCAGUCCAGUUACCACAGCAACAGUCUUCACGUUUCCUUCAGAGACGAGCUACACAUCCAUUGCAUUGGAUGCUCUGCCGCCACCCCCACCUCCUCCUCCUCAGUCCCCAGCCAGCGGAGCGUCGUAUUCCCUCGCUGCCGGACAGAGACCCUCCCCCAAUGUAAGCGACCAAAGUGGGAGACAGAGACCUACAGUCUAUGUGGCCAUGUUCCCAUAUACUCCCCGUAAGGAGGAUGAGCUGGAGCUGAGGAAAGGAGAGAUGUUUUUGGUGCUGGAACGCUGUCAGGACGGCUGGUUCAAGGGCACCUCGAUGCACACUGGAAAGAUCGGAGUCUUCCCUGGAAACUACAUGAGCCCAGUCAGCAGAACGGCGUCUGGGAGCAACCAACCCAAAGUACCCAUGAGUCUUUGCACUCAGGCUGGCAGAGGAGUCACCAUCGUCAGUCCUUCCUCUGCCUCCCUGGGGGCUGUUGUUCCAGGGCCUGAUUUCAACAAGCCCCCCCCUGCGUGCUCCACCGCUGCAUCAGCCUGCUCCCAACCUGCGGCUGUAACAUCGGCUCAGACAGCCACGGGCCAGCAGCCAAAAGUUCCCCUGCAUGUCAGCUCCCAGAUGACUGUGAAUCAGGCGCGCAACGCUGUCAGAACAGCUGCCUGUCACAGUCAGGACAGACCCACUGCAGCGGUGACGCCCAUCCAGUCUGUCACUUACCUCCCACACGCUGCCAUCUGCCCCCAGUCUGCAGCCAACGCUCAGGGCUGCAGCCGGGUAGGAGUCGCAAUGGGCUGCGCGGCCUCUUCUCUGACCCCGCCCAACGUCAGCGCCGCGUCUCUGGACGGCGACGCUUUGAGAUCCGUUCCUGUUGGGAGCAACGGCGUCCUCAAUCCCUCGUCCAACGGUGCUCUCGCCUGCAGGCUGGACAAGGAUGGCAAGAGGGAAAAGAAAAGUCUUCUGAAGCUGUUGUCCUCCAACAAGAAGAAGUCUCGCCCUUCACCGCCCUCCUCUCCUACCCUGGAAGCGGAGCAGGCUGCAGCUGGAGAGGUGCUGCACGGCGCUGUGGGUCCCGACACCUCCCCUCCCUCUGGUUCAGUCAGCUGCCUGGAAGCUGAGCCUGCUGGUGUUGCUUCGUCAUCCUCAGUCCCAGAGUCCUCUCAUCGGAGGACCGCUCCUCUCGACGGAUGUGCUCCCAUCGCCCCUCCUCCUCGGCAGCCCUGCUCCUCUCUCUUAUCACAGCAACAUGACGCACGUCCCAUCAUAUGUGAGAGGUACAGGGUGGUGGUAUCGUAUCCCCCGCAGAGCGAGGCUGAGCUGGAACUGAAGGAAGGAGACAUUGUGUUUGUUCACAGGAAGAGGGAGGACGGCUGGUUCAAAGGCACGCUGCAGAGGAACGGCAGGACCGGCCUGUUCCCCGGCAGCUUUGUAGACAGCAUCUAACAGAGACGCAGCGAGCUGAGCUCUGACCCAUCGUCCCAACACUUAAAGCUGGAAUCAGCCGGAGCUGAGGACAAAAAGAAAUGGGCUUCAUUUUGUCAGUAAAAGCACAGUGGACAGAGUUGGAAAAGACCAUACUACUCAUAAACCCUUUGUUUAUUUCUUGUUUAUUUAUAUAUUUGUAACUACUCAGCUGUUAAAUGUGUGCCUUGUACUGUUCCUCACUUUAUUGUACAGGAAACAACAACAACUGGUCCUGAAACCACCCUUGUGACCUGAUCCAUUCACCUUUUAACUUAUUUCAUGUUGACUUUCCAUAAAGCUACACAUGAACAGAUGGGAUGGUUCGGGAUUUUUAAAGUGGAGUUCUGUUAAAAAGUUUUGCGUUGUUACUAACUCUUAGUGUCUUCAGGCAGGAUUAAUCUAGAUUAGUUGAGGGUAGCUGCUGGUCCGUGAGGGUCCAAAAACCAAAGUAGAUUUAAAGAAACUCCAGCAGCUUUAAUGAGCCCCUUUUGUCCUCAUCGGGGACCUUUUAAGCUGUGGUCCCAUUUGAACAGGCUGAUUAGCUUCACAAACGCAAAGUGGUGUUCAUGUGUGAAACAAACAACAACUGUAUGCAAGACUGAAGAAGUGUUUGGAUAAACUGCUGUGACCCCUUUUUAAAUUGGGUUAUUUUGAGACACUAGACGUCCGCUUUGGUGAUGGCAUCACCCAGACGACUCGUCAGCUUCAGCCUUCAGUUAACAUUUCAGUUAAUAUACGACCAUAGUUAUGUAACUACCUAAAACCUGCUAAUCAGAGUUUCUUAUAGUCAAUUUGUAAAAUUGGUUCUUUUAGGUUCUGAAUGAAUUAGGGACAUUUUUAAAACAUUUAGUCUGAUAGUUUAAAUCGUUUAAUAUAGAUUUGUGGUUCUAAGGCUGAGUCUAUCAGAGCUUUUAGUAUUUAAAUUAAAAAAAUAAAAGCUUUAGCUUUGAUCUCAGUUCAGAUAAACUAUGAAUGGGAAAUAGCCCCUAAACAUCAUCCUGAAUCGGAAGAAUCAUUUUAUUUCAUGAUUCAUACACAUAUACUAACAUAUAAGGUUCUGAUGUUUUCAGAUUAAAUGUUUUAACCUCUAAAUAUGUCUGGAAAAGUGCUUUUAAAAUGGGAAAAUCAGCUUAAACUCUGUUUUAGCACAACUUCAUUGGAUGAAUCCUGAACUAUCCCUUUAAGUAGUGCACAUGCCUUCUGUCAUGUUUGACCCCAUUAGUUGUACUUGCUCUGUUUGAACAUUGAUAAGGGUUUUUAUCGUUGUCUCAAGCAAUCAGCAGGGAGGGGAAGGAUGAGAGAUUGCUGCACAGUAAGGAAAAACGGAAACCUCCCCUGUUCUUAAAGGCAUUAAACCAGAGUAGGAAGGAGAUCUGCUGUAUUGCACAUGUGAAUCCUCAAAGCUCAAAUUUAUGAAUGCUGCACGUGACGAAAUGUUUCUGUGCCAUUGGGCAGAUUUUUUUUUUUUCCUGAGGUGUGUUACAGGUGAAAUAUUUGCAUGUUAUGAGUAGAGGCCGUGAUGAUAGAUGGAAGGUGAGACUGUUUGACUUCCUAAUGUCUUAACUUUACACUCCACUUUGGCUUUUUGCAUUCAGAAGUUUUUUUGUUAAUAUAUUCACUGACCAGAGUAGCUGCUCUCCUGACCCCGACCCCCCCACCCCCUGGCUGUAGCCAAACCCAGACAGAGCUCUGCAGCACUGGAGCCACAUUACAUUUCAACAAUAAAGCAGAUUGUGUUUUUGUAUAUUUAUCUCUAGAAGACGUUUCUCAGAGGCUGACGCCUGCUGCUCAUAGACUUUAUGACUGACUGACAGAUACUCUUCCUCUGAGGUCUCUGUUAUUAUACACUAAUAACUCAUUCCUAAUGCGAGUCGUGGCAAUAAAAGCCACUGCUGAGCUGACUGAAGCGCAGACUGUUUGCCUAGAGCGGCAUGUCGUAUCACUCCACAGGAUGAGACGUAGUGUGAUUCUGUAGAAUCUGAUUGUUAUGGAAAUCAAUCACUUUGAGCCCUUUAUUUAAUUUCAUUUCAUUGUUUUUUUAUGUGUUAUAUGAACUUGAAUAACUUUAAUAGUUUUUUGUGAUUUUGGGGGGGUUGUGUCAUAUUUUUAGCUUGUUGAGCAUAAAAUGAAAUUAAUUAGCUGGAUUAGACUGACUACUACAAACGGAUAACUUUUGGAUUCCUUCAAUAUUUCUCUAAAGUAACUAUCAAAUUCUUAGUAUCGUCUAUUAAAUCCCAUCAAAUUGUUGCCAUCUUCAACUUGAUGUUUUCAACAGUUUUUGGCAUCUUCAUUUUAAUCCCAUAGAAUUUUUGGCAUCUUUAUCUAAAUCCCAUCAAAUUCUUGGCAUCUUCAUUAAAAGCCCAUCAAAUAUCAAAUUUUUGGUAUCUUUAUCUGAAUCCUAUCAAUUUAUUUGCAUCUUUCUGAAUCCCAUAAAAUUUUUGGGAUUCUUCGUCUUAAUCCCAUCAAAUUUUUUGGCAUCCUCAUCUUAAUCCCAUCAAAUUCUUGGCACCUUGGCGCCCAAUAAAUAUCACAUUUUUAUAUCUUCUCUGAAUUCCAUUAAAUUUUUGUGAAUUUUCAUCUUAAUCCCAUCAAAUCUUUGGCAACUUUAUCUGAAUCCCAUAAAAAUGUUUUGGAUCUUAAUCCCAUCAAAUUUUUUGGCAUCCUCAUCUUAAUCCCAUCAAAUUUUUUGGCAUCUUCAUCUUAAUCCCAUCAAAUUCUUGGCAACUUUAGAAGCCCAAUAAAUAUCACAUUUUUGUAUCUUCUCUGAAUUCCAUUAAAAUUUUUGUAAAUCUUCAUCUUAAUCCCAUCAAAUCUUUGGCAACUUUAUCUGAAUCCCAUAAAAAUGUUUUGGAUCUUAAUCCCAUCAAAUUCUUGGCACCUUUAUCUGAAUCCCAUAACAUUUUUGGCAUCUUCAUUUGAAGCUCAUUAAAUAUCAGAUUUUUGGUAUCUUCUCUGAAUUCCAUUAAAUUUUCAUGAAUCUUCAUCUUAAUCCCAUCAAUUCUUUGGCAUCUUUGUAUUAAUCCCAUAAAAAUGUUUUGGAUCUUAAUCCCAUCAAAUAUUUUGGCAUCCUCAUUUUAAUCCCAUCAAAUCUUUGGCAUCUUUAUCUGAACCCCAUACCAUUUUUGGCAUCUUCAUUUGAAGCCCAUUAAAUAUCAGAUUUUUGGUAUCUUAUCUUAAUCCCAUCAAAUUUUUGGCAUCUUAAUCCCAUGAUAUUCUUGGCUUCUUUAUCUGAAUCCCAUAACAUUUCAGCAUCUUCAUCCCAUCAACGUUUUGGUAUCUUAAUCUGAAUUCCUUAAAAUGUUGGUAUUUUCAUCAGAAGCCCAUCUAGAACUAAACUAUUUCCAUAUUUGGCUUUUAAAAUCAGGACCCAGCAUUUCAAGCACAUGUUUUCAUAUUUUUUGUUGUAUUUUUUUGCUUUGGUUGUUUAUUGAAGGGGACCAUUGUGUGACUGACUGCUGGAAUAUGUUGUAAUUUGUUAGAAAUGUGGAGAACCAUGGUACAUGUCACUGUUUUGGUCUUUGUUUUUUUUCUGUCACUUUUGAAUAAAAUGAAUCUGAUGUCUUCAUGAUCUCUCGUCCCCAUUUCACUAGUUAGCCUUUAAUUUUACCCAAAAGGCACCGAUGCACAAACCUGUACUGACAUAUGCACUGUCACAGCAUUUCUAAUUCUACCAACGUUUGUCUUUUUCAUGCAUAUGCUGCACAGUUUCUAAACAUGAAGUGCUUCUUGAAAUGACUGUAAGUCUAUUUAUUCCUUUCUGAGCAUCAGCAGACGUUUGCUUCAUCACGUCUUUAUGCCAAGGUGACUUACUUGAUCUUUUCUGUCUCUUAAUUAGUCUGUUUAUGCCUAAAACUAGUAAAACUGAGCUCCACUUAUUCAUCACAUGUCUGUUAUGUGAAAGAAAUAUUCUGAAGCAUAAGAGGGAAUUGAAUAUUUUGUAAAAACAAAAUUCUAUAACAAUAAA